AUGAAGCUCAUACGGUUUUUGAGGAAAUGCAAAGGUGAGAAGGUUAAUGUUGAGACGAAGGAAGGUAGAAAAGUUGGGGGAAAGAUAGUCUCUGUCGACAAGACAAUGAAUGUAGAGAUAGAAGACGCCAUGGUUGAUGGCGAGCCUGCGGGCACUUACACGGUGAGGGGAAGCUCCAUCAGAUACAUCAUGUUCAGGGACGACAUCUGCUUCAAGCCGUUGCUAGUUGAUGACAGGCCAAGAAGCAGACCUAAGGACCAAGAUACAAGCGGGGUUAAGAGGAGAAAAACAAAGGUGUAA